AUGUCCCCUCCGAGUCACUCCCCGGUCCUGGGGGCACGACCAGCACUGAAUCGGGCCAAGGCGUUCAAAUCGUCAAGCAGCACCGCGGACCUGGACCAAAAGCCGGACCUGGACCAAAAACCAGACCUAAACCAAAAACCGGUACUGCAGCGGUUCAAGCUGCUCCGGGGCGUCGUGAAGAAGUGGGUGUCGACCAAGGAGCCGUCCGCGCAGGCUCUGAAGGAGCACAAGCAAAAGGCCUUUCAGCAGCACGAGGUCGACCCACGGGACCCGGCGGCCGCGGCCAAGAUGCACCUGCCGCUGGGCAAGGUGCCGCCGGGCGUGACCACGUCCACGUCCGGGCCGACGCCGGAGAAGCGACUCGCCAAGGAGCAGCAAGGCCGACGAGCGGCGGCGACAAACAGUGAGCGUGGCUCGACGCCGUCGUUGUCGUCGACCAGCGGCUCGUUUACCAGCGGCUUGGCAACCAACGGCUCGUCAAUCAACGGCUCGGCGAGCGCGCCGAGCAUCCCUAAGACGAAUACGGAUUUGGAAAGGGCGCUGGAGGAGCAGAGGGACCGUAUACUGAUUAAGGCCGAACGGGAUAUAGAGGAUUGGUAUUGUAAGCUGGGGUCGAAAAAGCCGAUGUUUCCGGGCUCCUCCUCCUCCUCCUCCUCCUCCUCCUCGGGCUCUGUCAAGUCCGAGGUGAAGGUGCUGACCCGACACAUGAUACAGCAGUAUUUCACCAAGAAAUUGUUCCCCGUGCUAGCAUCGUCGGGAGUCCUGCCGACAGUACCGAGCAUUGAGGAGAUAAUACGCUGGGGUGGAGAGGACGCCGGGUCGAUGAGAAAGACGAUGGAGGAGAAGCAGGCGCAAGGGGUUCCGUGGAAUGAAGAUGAAGCUUCAGUCGUGUUUUUUGAGAAAUUGUUCAUGUUGACAUCCCGUGUGUUCAUCCAGCGGCGGGUCUACUAG